AUGCGCUAUUCGAAGCCCUGCACUAUGCUCGAUGCUAUGCUCGAUGCUAUGCUCGAUGCUAUGCUCGCUGUUAUGCCUAAUACAGCUCCUCGUGUCCUGCCUCCUGGUCAGCCUGGCGAUUGCGAUCAUGAUGAUGCUGGUCCCCGCAAGGCGCGCGCCACCGUUUGGGUCGUGACAGGUCCGGGACAAAGGGAUUAUUAG